CAUGUUAGUCGACAAAAAGAUGUUGAACGGGUUUAACCGGUAGGCGGUGAAGGUGGUCACUGGUCAGAGGCGGAUUAAUUGUCACAGCAAAAGUACUCAAACCGCUUUAAUUUGAUUUUUUUUUUCUUCUAAUAAACCGAUCCUCUUCAUCGGCUUUAUUAGUUCGUUCGUACCAAUCACCGAAACAAAAAAAAAAGGAGAAGCAAAAACAUAUAUAAUUUCUCUCUCUAAACCCUUUCUUUUUCCUGAAAAAAGUUGCGUCAUUAAUACGAAAUUCAUACCGUCUCUUUUGAUAUUCUCCUCCGAUCGGUAUCAUUUCUCAUCGCUGGGGGGAAACGUUGUGGUAAGGUUUAGGUGCAAUGGUGGUUACUAAACCUAUUAUACUUUUCUCGACCAUGAACCUCGGGUAGUUGAGAAAACUGGAGAAUACCUUAUACCUUAUCAAGUUGUUUGGGAGAGUUGAGAGCUAGUACGACCAUAGACUUCAGGUCAGAAUUCAUCUUCCACCAGAAAUUUUUAGAAAACUUUUGAAAUUAUAGCAUCGUUUCUCUUUAAAACUGCAAAUUAUCAACACUUUUCAUACAGAUGUUAGUUUCUCAUGCUUACCAUUUUGUAACACAUAGGAUCAGUGGCUACUGGCUGGCCUAUCCUUGAUUUAUUCUGAUUUGCAGAUCUAGUUGUGGACCUUCUUGGUUGAUUGGCAAAGCAUAAGAGAAACAGAUAAGUGAUCCAAAGGUUAUUAGCGUGGUUAGUUCUACUCCUAAUGACCAAUUUUUUGUGGUUGUGAAGUUUAUUCGAUUCAGUUCUUCCGCCAGUUUUUAGUGGCGUAGGAUUUAUUCUGAUCCGAUUACAUCUUUAUGGGAGUAAGCAAAUAAUCACAACUAGUCCAACCGGCAUCAUAUGUGUACCUGAAUGUGCUAGUCAUUUGAAGAUGCUUUGAGGUCUGGUUCAAGGUAUCCACAAGUGUGGAAAUUUACUUUUUCUUACAAGACUACAUUCAUCCUACAAUGGUGUCUGGAAUGACAUGCUGUCACAUACCAAGCAUUUUAUUCCGAUGCACCAUGAUGUGAAACUUAAUGCUAAUUUCAUCAAGCAUCCUUUCAAACAACCUACAGUACUUUGUUUUACAAUCCUUGUGCUCAUAAGUCCCGAAUUCAGGAGUCUAUCAAGGUGUGCUGGUGGGUUUAGGAUGAUAAGAGCGCUGAAAUAGUAAAUGAGUUAGUAUGCCUUUACUGGCUAGCACUUUUGUGGACUAAACCGUUCACCCAAGGAAGCUGUAGUGUAUUAUUGUGGAUCCGAAGAAAAGGAACUAAAUUUGGUGUUCUUAUUGUAUUAGUGAAGUCACAGGCCUCAUCGCUUCCGGUUGGUCUACUUGAAAGGUGUGUGGAGAUGGUGAUUCAGUUUCUCAAUCAAGCACAACAGCUUUUUCACUUGGGUAGUGUAGUGUAUUUUUGCUUAGGAUUUCCAAACCUAUAUCCUGCUAGAAUUAUUUGCCUGCAGGUGCAUUUUUGAAGGUAGUUUAUAAAAUACUGUAAGCUUAUGUCCUGCUAUUGGAUCGUCCAUGUAGUUUUCUUGGUUAGUCAAUCAUGGUUGUAAGUUUAGUGAAAGACAUGUACAUGGCCUUUAUACAAUGUAUACAUACUCCAGAGCUGUCAAAUCUAUUGUUUGUAACAAAGAACAAUACUUAAGUAGUUGAGUGCCUUUUGUUUGAGGUUGAAAAUCAUUGUUGGUGAAUAUGAACGAAGAAGCACUGCAUUGAUAGAAGCUCAAAUGAUGAUAUUAAUAGUUACCUAUUUUGCAUCGACUUGCUUUGAUGUUCUUCUAUUCGGAUACAGUAUAUUCUUCCCUCCUCUUCUGUAUGUCAUACUUGAUUCUCAGUUGACUGCUUCUGUAAAACUUAUUGACUUUCUGAAAGUUUGUAACUUUAUGAACUCCUUGUGUUACUCUUAAGUUUUGAUGGCUCUGGUUUGUAGAGGCGAGAACCAGAGUGAUGAUUUAAAUGCAAAGGCUUCUUAGUUUCCCAAUCUUGUUUGCUCUUUCUCUCUUUUUUUUCUUUUGGCUAAACUAAGAACAAGUACUGUGUGUCUUUUUUACUGACAAAAUGUAAGUUAUUCUUAUGAAAUAGAUCUGUACUAGUAAAGGUUUAUUUUAUCUAUAAGCAUCAUGAACUUUCCUGCAGCACAGAGCCUAAGUCCACAGAAACUUGUUUGCUUAUGAUUUCAUGAGAUCUGAGGUAGAAUAUGGUUUAAUUGGACCUGAAGUGUUGUGUAAUCAUGGGGCACAGACAUUUUCCUGGCUCAUCCCAAUAUUUUGAUGAUGAACAUGAUCAAGGAUGGAAUCAUAUACACCCAGAGCAUCCAUAUACGAGUUUAGCAAGAUCUGGGACAAGUGAGAACAGAUCGCAUGUUUAUCCAGCAGAAAACAUAUCGAAUGAAGGAAUGCCAGGUUCUUCUCAGUGGAACUCUUCUCCACGACCAAAUGCCUAUACUGCCUCAGGUCAUAGUGUGGAGAGACCACACUACAAUCCGGGGGCUUCGGGCCCAUCUCAUGACCCUUUCGUGAGUUCGACAGUUGCAACUUUCUCUGCUCCACAUGAGAACUAUGUGACGUUUCCAGCUUCUUCGAACUGCAACAACCAGACAUGGUCAAAUGCUAGUUAUGUUGAUCAAUCUAUGGAAAAUGUAAGAGGAGCACAAAAGCGAAAAAGCCCGUCUGGUUCUUCCAUCUAUGAAAUGGGCAGUUCAAGCCGAUACCACAGUGACAGAACUUCUUCAGACACACCAUUCCCCGCGGAAUUUCACCUUGGAAAAUCAAUAAAGCAUGAUCAUGAUCCUCAUUACAUGCCAUGGCUCAUGAAUCCAACUUACCAAAGUAAUAAUUCGUUGAUCAGGGGAGAGGGUUCUUCAAGGAAUGUCCGGAGUCGUCCUACACUUGAUUUAGAGACCAGCUUUGAUAGAAAUAAUUUUUCAAGAACCCCGAGACUUGAUUCCCAUUAUGCACACCACCACAGUGUUGAGCAUUCUGGCUCAGGUCAAUUUCCUGGCCAUACAUCUCACGUAGAUAAGGACUGGAACUGUGCUAGACCCCCCCCAGCUCCUAGAGGCUUUAGUCCGGAGACAAAUAAUUUUCUUCCUGCGAGAAGUGUUGCCAACAGCACUUCUCUUGAUACUUCCAGCUAUCACCAUGGACUUACCGGAAACAGAAACCCUACAGUUUCCCACGGUUUUCCUGGAACUUCAACACAAUCUACAAGCAGCAGCCGCUUCUCUCAUAGGUCAACACCCACCUAUAGAUCUUCUUCGCAUGGUUCGCGACUGGGACAUGUAGCAUCUUCAUCUGGAGACAGGUCUCAUUUGGUCAAUGAGACUUAUCCUUCUAGGCAUCUAAGGCCACCACCACACAUUUCAUGGCGUAGCGGUGAUCGCCCAGGGAGACGCAGGAGUUCCUAUGAGAGGUUUCAGCCUCCUUUCGAUGAAGUUGCUGUCCAUGAACGGUUUUCAUCUGAGGUAUUCAUGGUCGUAGAACCACACUACGAUGGAUCCAGAAACUCGCCUGAUUACCACAGAGACAUGAGGCUCGACAUCGAUGACAUGACUUAUGAGGAUCUUCUUGCUCUUGGAGAAAGGAUUGGGAGUGUCAACACAGGUUUAUCGGACAGCGCUAUCUCCAGUUGCUUGUUAGCGACAACGUAUUAUCCAUUGUAUCAAACUGAGGAGCAAAGAAAAUGUGCUAUCUGCCUGGAGGAGUACAAAGAGAAAGAAGAGUUGGGGGAAGUGAAGGGGUGUGGUCAUGACUACCAUGGGAGCUGCAUCAAGAAAUGGCUGUCGAUGAAGAACUCUUGCCCUAUUUGCAAAUCCCCUGCUUUUACCUGAUGCUUCGAAGAACCCAUCAUCAUAAAUUAUCUUUCUAGAUUUUUAAAUACUCAAAUGCUUUUAGGUUAUCUUUUCUGUGUGGAUGUUAUAUAUUAAUAUAUAUAGAAUACAAAAUUAAGUUGGCUUAUUAGUUGUAAAUAGAAGGAACUCCAUGAUUAUUUCUCAAGGGUUAUAUAAUAUAUGUUAUUGCUAAUGGCUCUCAAGGA